UUGAAAUUGGGGCGGGCAAGAGAUGCUGAUCUGGUACCUCCAGCUGAUAUAAAAGCUCCUCUGUCUCCUCACUCCUCCAAACGCUUCCCUUGACUUCUUGGAGACUUGGCCUGUGUUGACCUCCAAUCCCUACAAGAUGUCCUGCUACGACCUGUACCCCUACUCUUCCUGCGGCGCCCUCCGGCCCCAGCCCCUGGCUGACAGCGGGAACGAGCCGUGCGUCCGCCAGUGCCCCGACUCCACCACCGUGAUCCAGCCUCCCCCCGUGGUGGUCACCUUCCCCGGCCCCAUCCUCAGCUCCUUCCCGCAGGAUUCCGUGGUGGGAUCUGCUGGAGCACCCGUCCUUGCAGCCUCGGGGACCUCCCUGGGCUAUGGGGGUCUCUAUGGCUAUGGGGGUUAUGGACACCUGGGCUACGGGGGUCUCUAUGGAUAUGGGGGUUAUGGACACCUGGGCUACGGGGGUCUGUGGGGCUAUGGGGGUCUGGGGUCCUGUGGGGGGUACCGGGGCCUGUAUGGCUCUGGCAGAGCCUUUGGCUCUGGCUAUUUCAGCCCCUACUCCUCCUGGUACGGCCGCUACGGCCGCGGCUUCUGGGGCUCCUGCUAAACCCUACGGAAGCAUCCCAGACUAAGGAAUCACCGGCAAUGGAGAGAUACAGUCCUGGCCCCAGAGGAGGUGUUGUGACCAUGGCCACCCCACUCAGGUGGAGCUAGAAGCACACAACUCCUCCUUGGUUCAUUCGCCUUCUACUUGCUGUCUUCUGGGCUUUUUUUUUCCGUCUGUGUGUGUAAUAUGUGGGAUGAAACAAUGACUGAUCUCCUUCUAAAAUGCAACUUCACCGUCCAACUGGAGAAGAGCAACCACGGAAGGAGUUGACUGUGAUCUGAUAUUCUUCAUACUCUGAAAUGCUUUUCUGUGAAUGCUUUUUUCUCAUUAAAGUCAUUCUGCUCUGCAAAAAACAAA